AGGGAACCGUGAGGCUUUAGAUUAGAGUCGGUUUACAGCACUGCAACACCUCUUUUGGCAAGAUGGGUCUGGUCACCGUGCGCACGCGCAAGUUCAAGAACAACCCGCUCUUGGGCCGCAAGCAGUUCGUCAUCGAUGUUGUCCACCCGGGUGCGGCUAACGUGUCCAAGAAGGACAUCACCGACAAAAUCGCCACCAUGUACAAGGUAUCACAGGGAAGCGCUAAUUUAGAUUUUUUGGUUUGGUGCGAUGCUUUGAAACGCCGUGGUCCCUGGAAACGUCAUUGGGUUUUCAUGAAGUUUUUGUUUACCUGAUGUUGCGCAUGACGAGUCUGCAAUCUAAAUCAGAAAAAAAAGUUGGUGACACCGAGAGAUCUUUUUUACUUUCGAAAAACAGGUGAAGGACUCCAAGCAGAUCUCCGUCUUCGGAUUCCACACUGCCUUCGGCGGUGGCCGCUCCUCCGGAAUGGGACUCAUCUACGACUCCCUGGACAAGGUCAAGCAGUUCGAGCCGAAGUAUAAUCUUGUUACAACUAGGAUUUUUUGAUAGAGACACUUGCUCAUGUUUCACACCUGCUUACGCAUCUCCGUUUUGCAUAGCGUCCUCUUCUAAAACCGCAUCUCAUCCUCUACUUAAUUGUUCCAAAACCGUAUCGCAGGUUCCGCUGCAAGCGUCACGGCGUCGAGAAGCCGCAGAAGCGCAAGCGCAUUGGACGCCGCAACUUGAAGAAGAUGAAGCUCAACCUGCUCAAGGCCCCGCGUGGCAAGAAGAAGACCGAGAUCAAGAAGACCGCUGGUGCUUUGUAAGGUGUUGAACCUUCCAGAACGUCACGAACACAUCCGUUGUCAUUGAACUCGUGAUCUGAACCCAUUUGAACACGUAGCAGAGGUAUUGACCGUCUCGACACGCCGACUCUAAAAAACGAA